AUGAUUAUAUUUGUUCUAUUUUGUCUUACUAUUAUGGGAGACUCAUUAAGAGUAUCAUAUAACAAUUAGUGUACGUGCUCCAAAUUCUCAACAGAUUCAAGUUGCUUACAAUAAACAGGUUGUAUUUGGAAAAGCAAUAUUUGCAGAGCUAGAGAAUGCUCUGAAUACUACAACAUAGACAAGUGCAAUGGAGUUGCUACUUGCUCAUGGAGUGUCUCAAAAUGUGAAAAAUUCACCAAAUGUUCUGAUUACUUCAUGAACGAUUCGUUUGACUGCUACAAAAUAGGAGAUCAAAAUUUAAAUCUUUUUUGCUAGCCUUCAGAGCAGGGAAACUAAUGUCAAGAUGCAAAACAUCAGGAAUGUGGGAAUGUUAAAGAAGAUUGUGUUAGUUUUGAAAGCCAGUGGAGAAUGUGUUACUGGAAUAAUAGCAAAUGUAAUAUUGUGGAUAUCAGAUAUUGUGAUCAAUUAUAAACUGAAGAGUUGUGUUUCAUUUAUGGAGAAGGUCUUGGAUGUCAAUGGAAGAACGGGAAGUGCACAGUCAUAUAAUGUUCAGAUUACACCUUUGAAAGUACAUGUGUUUUAUAGAGAUAAAAUUUCAUAGAAGACGAUCCACUACUCUGUAGAUGGACUGGUAUCAAAUGUGAGGAAGCUCAAGAUGUCUCUCAUCUUGAUUUCUCAAACUGUCUGGUGAAUUCCUUUUAUAAUUACAUCUGGGAUUCUAUCAAUAAACAAUGUGUUUCUUGUUAAACCUACGUUCCACCAACUUCAGAAACAAUUCCUUGA